GUUAGUGUUGGUAUCCCCGACGUUUGGAUGAAGCUUUUUCGACGAGCCAUUCGUGUGUAGUGAUUGGAGUUGUUAUAGAAUACGAUAGACUUAAAGCUUAUUAGUUUGUAAAGGUAAUUGAUUUGUUCCCUUGGUCUGCAAGUUCCAACAUAUUGAUUGAAGAUUGCAGGCUAACUCUGAACAUGGUAGGCACAAGGGUAUAUGUCGGAGGACUUCCAUAUGGUGUCAGGCAGAAGGACCUCGAACGAUUUUUCAAAGGUUAUGGUCGAAUUCGUGAAAUUCUCCUCAAGAAUGGCUAUGGAUUUUGUGAAUUUGAUGAUUACCGUGAUGCUGAUGAUGCUGUGUAUGAAUUGAAUGGAAAGGAAUUACUUGGAGAAAGAGUCUCUGUAGAGAAAGCGCGUGGUACACCGCGCGGGAGUGACAUGUGGCGAGAUUGGAGUAGAAGUCGAGGCCCUCCCCCGCGAAGGCGGAGCCGCGAUCGGGCCAAGGAUAUGGAUGUCUAUUAUCAUGACAGGUAUGGACCACCAACAAGAACUGAGUAUCGCUUGAUUGUGGAAAAUCUUUCUAGCAGAAUAAGCUGGCAGGAUCUGAAGGAUUUUAUGAGACAGGCUGGAGAAGUUACAUACGCUGAUGCUCACAAACAGCGUCGAAAUGAAGGGGUGGUCGAGUUUGCGUCAUAUUCUGACAUGAGGAAUGCACUUCAAAAGUUAGAUGACACAGAACUUAAUGGCCGUCGUAUCCGUCUAAUUGAAGAUACACAUUCGAGUAGAGGCAGACGGUCCCGUUCGUCUAGUUCGCGGUCUAGGUCUCCUUCGCGUUCCAGAUCACGUCGUCGCAGCAGGACUCGUUCAAGAUCCAGGAGCCGUGGUAGUCGUUCAAGGAGUCAUUCUAAAUCGAAGUCUGUUGGUCGUUACAAAUCGCCAUCUCGUUCAAAGUCAAGAUCACGCUCAAAAUCAAAGUCCCGGUCAAAGUCAAGAUCACGCUCAAAAUCGGAGGAGCGGUUUGAUGUAAAGGCAAAAUCGCGGUCACCUUCAAGCUCGGGGUCUCGUUCAGAGACUAGACAGAGAUCCAAAUCGAGAUCUUUAUCGAGACCAGAGAUGGAGGAGAUGGAUGGUGAGUCUGGUGAGAAGUCUCCUUCAAGAUCACCCAGCAGGGAUGGGAGCAAAUCGCCUAAGUCCACCCGUGGGUCUGAAUCCCCCAAGAGAAGUGGUUCAGAGUCACCUGAUGAAAAAGCCGAUGAUGAGUAAGAGUUCAUUGCUGGUGUUCUCUUGUGGAGGAUGACAGUGCAGAUAGAGACUGUAAAUUUAUAUUCAGUAUUGGAUAUUGAAAAUCUGAAUAUUCCAGAAAAAAUUCCGCCUGUGAAAAUAAAGUUCCAGUGAGUGAUGUGCAAGUGCACACAGGGGAAGGUAAUUGAAACAAAAACGACAUUAGGUAACCCUGGAGUGAGUACUGUACACAAAAGGGUACAAAAUGUUGUGGUGUUUCUUGUGUAGUAUGUGAGCUCUGAACUGUUUCAAAGUUUGGCGUUCAGAAUUUCCCACUGCAAGUAAAUAUUCAUCAUGCAAGAGUGAAAAGUGUUUUUACACAUCUAAUUAAGUGGUUUGUAAAAAUGACUUAAAACCAGGAUAGCCAGAAACAAUUCCUCUCGUGUAAGGCCAAUCUUAAUGCUAAAAGAGAGAGAGAGAGAAAGAAUUUUACAAUAGAUUGUAUACUGCUUGGUCCUUUGCCCUGUUAUGUGUGAGCCCAAAAUAACUAAUUCUAGAAGCAUUCAACAUUAAAACAUUUACCUACUUCCUAAGUACAGGAAGGCAACGGCAAACCACCCCCAUUAGGACCUUGCCUAGUAAAGCGGUGCGGGUCUCCCGCAUCGUUCCCCUACGCUCUGUAAAGAAGCAUGGGACUUCAUUUCCAUUUUCAAGUACAGGAAAAAAUGUGCAGCAAGAAUAGCACUAUACAGGGUGUUUCAAAAUGAACAUACUGAUUUUAAGGCGUUGUAGCAUUUAUUACGUUCAACUUUCAUUUUGUGUAUUAUUCACAAUUGUAAGAGCAACUCCCAAACAGUUUUGUUUGUACACCUGUGUGUAAUGGGAAGAGUAUGGAAUGACAGAGUGACUGAACAUCGUGUUGAACGAGUGCGAGACUUUCACACUUAGCCCCAAGAAAUAUCCCCGCGGAAAGUUUAUGGGUGGCGAAUCAACUGUAACUGAUGUUCCUUAUCUUGAUGUGCUACAGCUAUGACCCGUACCUCAAUGGGAAGAAGCAGAACAACACAUCUUUAUUUGGGAGCAAGAUGGUGCGCCGCCUCACUGGUAUAACUCAGUACGCGACUGGUUGAACAAUGUUGUAUCUGACUGGUGGACUGGGUGAAAGAGGCCAGUUGACACAGCAUUUUUGUGCAUGACCUUCAUGUUCUCACACUUGUUCAUGAGUAUGUACCUCCGAUACCAGCUGAUCUAUCCGAUGUUAGACACAGUGUUAUUGCAACACUUACUCCUGACACAUUGAUCAAGGUAUCUGAACAACUUGCCUAUCGACUCGAUAUGUGAUUGGUGCUCACACUGAGUAAUUGUAAGAAAAACUGUUUGUGUUUCUCUUUCAUUUGGUGUAUUAUUUAUAAUUGUAAGGUGAAUGUAAUACAUGCUACAAAGCCUUGAAACCUGUAUAUUCAUUUUGAAACACCCUUUACUAUUAGAAUUGGUUUGCUGGACACUGCAUAGUGUUAAAAUAUUUCCCAGUGCUGAAAUACUGCUACAGAAUAUGCUACCUUUAUAAUUGCCAUGAGACUGAUAUUAAGUCUUAAACAGUUUUUUUAUAGAGUUAAAAUACCUCAUUUACUUUGCCACUGAUAUUGCAGCAAGUCAAGUGGUAGGGCCAUCCACCAUCCAAUUGUAGUUCUUUCUCGAGUGCCCCAUGCUCGCUAUACUUGAAAAAAUAGAACACAAUUUAACAUCUGUACUUGUGGCGUCAUUUCUGUUUUCUGGCAUAUUCUUCUCAUGGCCAACUGGUGAAUGUUAGAAUGUAGUUUACUGUUCCAGAAAAUUGUAUGUAAUAGCAAUGAAAUUUACACAUUGACCAGUGUAUUUGGCCACUGGAGUAUCUUGUAUACUAUGUGUGUGCUGCAAAACAAUUUGGUGUUGGUUAUCAUGAAGUUAGAAAUACGAUACAGUGAUGUCUUUGGAUUGUAGGACUAUGUUUGUUUGCUACCUUGAAUUUUAAAACUUACACUGAAUGUAAACAUCACAUGUUUGAUGUAAAGCAGUAUUACCACAGAAUGAAAGUUUUGAGCCUAAGCAUUUGUGCUUUAAGCUGUAGAAAAUUCAUUGGUCAAAGGUCCAAGCAUUAUAGAAAUGUCAAAUUCUUAGAAACAAGUUGUGCUGUGUGUUUUAUUUUUUGAAAAUGUCUGUAAUCAUACAAAAUCUGUGUGUGUAAUGUUAAUAGUUAACAUUUUCCAACAUCAACAUUGUGUUGAAUACUAAGACAGUGAUAGAGAUGACUGACUGUAGUCUGAUGUCUAAUUUUAAUUACUUAAUGAAAAUCAUGAAGUUCGAUUACAUAGUGUCUCAUACUGGUAUGCAAUUUGAUAUUUUAAAGUUAUGACUUAGACAGCUUCUUGAGUAAAUGUUGUUUGUACAGGCAAAGGUGAAUAAAAUUUUACAGCAGCAGCAGAACUCUUACAGUGUGGAAUUAAGAUACGUGUUUUUGGAAGUGACAAAACAAUGUAAAAGUGAGAAAUUUAGCCAUUGGUAGCUACACAUAGUUCGGUGUUAGUUGACUUUGACACUAUGUGUUUGUGUGGACAGAUAGAGACUGCAUAGUUUUUCAGUCAAGAAGUUGAAGUUCUCCGACGUUACAUGUGAAUGAAUCCCCUUACUGCAUUGUAAGUGUCAGACAUAAAAGUGGUAAAAUGAAAGAUAGAUAUUGAUUGAAUGUGGUUAUAUAUUCUUGUAAAAAGUUUGUGUGUCUGAACUUUUGGACUUGAUUUCAUGAGACUGUGAUGUGACUUAUGUCAGGGUCAUUUGACUAUUGCAUAGGAAGAGAAUUAUGUUACAACAGAAGUGAGAAAUUAGUACUCAUAAACUUGAUCUCACUGCAGAAUUACAGGCCUGUACUUUAGUAUGCAUUGUGAAGAUUGUUUAAAUUGGAACCAACGUAUUUCCAAAACAUUACUUUACAGUGAGUCAAGAUUGAAGUUUGUGGAAUAUUGCUGCUUCUGUAUAGACAUAUGGAGUGCAGAGUGUAGAUUUAAAACUGUGAAGUUACGCUGUAACUCUUCAGUUGUGAAAGAAGAAACCUGUCAGUGAAGUUUAACUGGUGUUGUAUACUCAUUUGUUUCCUGUAAGACUAAUAAUGGAAAUUCACUUUCCAGAUGUUUAAGUUAAAAAUUGAAAGAGAUCACUAAAUUUACAAUCAAAUUGAUUGUAUACUUAGAAUAGGAAACUGAUCAAUAAAUUAAAGCUUCAAUUGAGGUGUGAAAAUUUAGUGUAUUUUUGUGGAAUUGGUUGAAGACAUUGUUGGGAAGAAGGUGACGCCUUCUCCAAACCAUCUGCAGGGGUCUCAUUUAUUAGAAAAUUCAGAUAUUGCACCUAUUAAAUGAAAGGAGCAACUUUAAAGAAAUGAAGGUGCAGUUUCUGCUAUUGCAUUUAAUGACUAGUGUAUCUUCCAUGUUACACAGUGUUGUAACAUUAGAUGUUUUGUAUCCUACAACUGUGAUGAGUGGUGAUGUUUGUUCAGAAAUCUGUUACUUUCAAAGAUCUGCUACCUGAUAAAAAAAAAAGGCAAGUUCCAACUACAAGCAAGGCCCUUCAUUGAUACAUUGUCUCUAGUAUAGCAUUCAUUCAUUUCAUCCUUCCUCCACACAACACCUAUUCCCCCACAUGCAUCCCCUCCUUUCAGUUCCUCCGUAAACCCUCCUCCCCCCCACCCUCUCCAAUAUUCUGCCACACUCGUCCUCCAUUACACACGUUAAGGCAGCAAGGCAGUAUUUUUCUGUUACAUUUAGGACAUAGUAGUGUUCAUAACAACGAAGAAACUGAGAUGAUGAUUAUGCGAGGUUUUGACACAGUUGUAACAUUGCAACAUUGCCACAGCUACAGUUAAUGCACUGAAUAACAAUAAUGGUCAUAACACAUGUUUGAUGUACAGAUUUAACUAAACUUUUCUUCAGGAUCUGGCCUUCCUUUGUCAAUAGUUAAUAGUUCAUUGUAGUCAACCUAAAAUAUUUGCAUUUAAAGUUGAGGCAGUCUCCUAAGUUUAUGCCAUCCACUGGGGACCAUUGUUUAACUUUAGGAGGCACACUGGCAUGAACACAGUAGUUCAGUUGGUGCCAUGGGCCUUCUUUCAUGUGAAAUCUUUGUCAGACCUAGGAUUUGGAUGUGUAACAACUCAGUAAAAUGUACCACAUAGUUCCGUAUUUAAAGCCAUACCUCUCUUUCAGUUUUUUGUUGUAUAAAUUUGCUGUCCAGUUCAGGGGACAAGGGAAAAUAUACAAAAAAAGCAAGUUCCAACUACAAACAAGGCCCUUGAUUGAUACCUUGUCUCUAGUAUAGCAUUAUAGAGCUCCGUAUAAAGUUAAAAAGCUCAAGACUGGGUGAAACCUAUUUCACAGCAAGAUUUAGUGCAGGACUCAGUUAUGCAAUGGAAGUUAACAAACAAUAGUCAGACUAGUACGUGAACCAUGACUCUUCCCUUUUGUGGGUAGUAGCCAUAGUGAGUCAGCUAUCCAAACAUGACCUAUGAUCCAACUGUAAAGUAUGAACUACCAGUAGCUUUGUUUUACUUCCCAAAUUCUUUAGACAGUCUCUUGUAUGCCUUGCUCGGCUAGCACCUCUGGGAGAAAGGAACUAUGAGAGGCACUAUUAGAUCAUCGUUCCUGGAUGCAUUGAGUGUCAUCUGUUAAUAUCUCAUUAAGAGCAUUGCUCAUGAAAGCUGGGAGUCUGAGCUGAAGUUUGUCUAGACCACAGUUCAAUGUUGGGAAGCCUUAUAACUGUAUAUAUUCAGCUGCAGAGUGAAAAUUAAUCCAGGAAAUUUCACAAUGUAUGUUGUAGAGUAAUAUUGACCUUUUUGUGAAAGCCGGAAAGUAACUACUGAACAGAAGAGCUCAGAAAUCCAAGAUGACUGGUACAUACCUAAAUGGAACAGAUAUGGGCAUCUACCAUAAUAUGUUAUAGACAGACGUGUGUUUUGACCAAUAUUCGUAAUGGCAAAUAGAAAACGUUCCCCAUCCAUUCUCUCUCUUUGCCAGUUACUAAUUUACCCCAUUAAAACACCUUAAUGACCAUUGAUCCCUGUACCUCUGCAUUAACUUGCAAUCCUUUGGGUUUCUGUCCGUGUUGCACAAUUACCAUUCAUGUGUUUGUUUUAAUGAGACUGAACUCGUGAGCAUUGUUGUACUUUGUAUUCACUUGAAAAUCCUUUAUUUUUUUUUCUUAGAAAUCCUCUAUUAAUAUGAUUAAGCAGGUCUUGUCUGUACUGUCAAUACAGCAUCACUAAUUUGAUUUAAAAAAUUCAGCAGUUCUGCUGGAAAAGUUGGUAGUAACUUUAAAAUUUCCUUUGUUAUCCAUCAUUUAAUGGCUGCAUUUCAUACAUUUACUCCUCUGCCAUAGACUGAGGACAACGUAUUCUUCCCAAAUUUUCCAUGGAGGUGGGAAUUAAAUGAGAAACCUUUCAUAUGUCAAGUUACUUGCCAUAUCUCAAAUUUAUAUUUGUAUGAGACAGACCUAUAAUUACUGUGAAUUAUAUUGUUUGUUGGGAUUAUUACUUUCAUGAAGACUGGUGUUUCUGACGAGAAGAAUUAAGUUAAUUGUGCAAGUGUUCCUGAUUUAGCAGUACUUUGUUGACUUUAUUUAUUGUUUCAGUUUUAAGUUUUAAAUUUAUCAAACAAGAAAUUACACAUGUCCCUGACUUAGGGUGGGCAUCAUUUAUUAUGUUGGGAAUUUAUGAUGUCUGGAAGUAUCCAAAAAAUUAUGGAAUAAUCACACACAUGUGGUCUUGUUCUGUCUUAAAAGUUUCACAAUACAUUAAAAAGGAUAUGCUUCUGAUAAUUUUGACACAGUACAAUUCUUAAGAGAGGAUUUUCGGCUAUUACUGAUGAGUUUCUUAGAAAUGAAAAUUUAGUAAAAUCUGAAUUGAUGUCCGUUAAUGUGCUUGCUUCAUAAGGACAUAGCUUUUUGAAAACAAACUAUUAGAUUACUGUCCAAAUAAUGUGGUAAGAGUCUAUCUAAAUGAUGUAAUAAUUUAGUCACUUCAGACACAAAUUAAUGUAACUAAACAUUGAGAGUAAAAAUUGAAUGAUCAAGUAUUAAAAGCUUAAAGUAUAUUUAACUUGCUUGAUAUGGUACAUAUCUGAGCAGGUCGCGGUAAAGCUGAUACGAAGAAAAUUAAUUGUGCUUUAGUAAGAAAGGAGCUACCAAAAUGGAUGUGUACCCUAAGUUGGGGAUUGCCUGUAAUUUCACUAAGGUAGAAACUGUUGACCCAAAGUUUUAACUAGAGACUUAAAAGUAAUGAAGUAACAAUAGACUGUGAACGUGCAGGGCACAGAAGUGAACAUGGCAUUGCAGUAAUGGUGAUAAGUGUGUGAUGUGUAGAUAUGUCUGUGUGAAAUUUUGUAACUGAAUUUGUGUAACUUUUACAUCUUUGAAUUCCUUUUUAAAAUUCUUAUUGUUAUAGAUGUUUCUUGUGUUAGAAAUGCUGCUGGUGUCUGAGCUGAGUGUGUCCAGAACAUUGUAGCAAGUGUCUCAAUAAAUUAUCGAUGGAAAAAUUUA